CCCGGAACGGUUUAGCCCAAAAUGAACAGCAAGCCAGCUGAGGACUUGGACCUUUAAAAAUACUCAAGCACAGUAAGCUGACUUGACUCAACCUCCUUUACAAACUACACAUUUUUUGGUGUAUGGCCUAAUCUCCCUCCGAGGAGACGUGAAAAAGGUAAAACAUAGCUAUAUUUCGACGUAUAUUUUUUGUUAUCAGUAACACAUGCUAGUUUGUAACUUAGCUAGAUAGCGAAACCCUUUCAGCUUGUCAACAAUCACCUAUGCUAUGUUGCUAUUUACCAAUGUCUUGUUGGGGUCAUGUUUAUCCAUGUUGGCGUGAUUGAGCUGGAUGUAUGUAACCGUAACGUUACAAACCUGAACCCACUUGAAAUUGGGGAGUUGGCGUUAGCAUUAUUGUUUACAAACACACGAAUAACAAUUUAUAUAAUCUAGUUAUUAAAAAGCCAUUUGCUCCUUAUCUGAUUAAUCUAACGUUAGCUAUCAAUGCGAACUCUUUCAGCGACAUUAUUGUCUUGCGUUUCUUUUGGGACAAGCAGAUCUCUUCUCGGUCUUGUCCAGCUCUCUUGUUUUGGUGCUGCAGGAUCACGUGUACUUAUCAGUGACGCGUGUGUGGAUAUAUUGUUUUGUGUGUGCAGCUCGUACAGUGCACUGCAGUUUAACUGAAAAUUCAAUUUGCUGUAACAAAUCCUGUAGGGCUGAGCGACGAAUCUGAGAGUGGAAGACUCGUCUCUAACAUGUAGGCUCAAUUUUUGAAGUCCCAUCACAAGUCAGACGGUUGAAUAAACUUCAUUUGAACGUACUUUACUCAUUUACAUUUUUGUCAUUUAGCAGACGCUCUUAUCCAGAGCGACUUACAGUUAGUGAGUGCAUACAUUUACCCCUUGUCUGCUGAUUUUUGUCCUUAUGUAGGAGGUAAUCUGACACAAAGUAUCCGCAGGGAAGUGUUCUUAGCCCGAAUUUCAGUACAAUGGUCUAUAUGGUUGGUAUUUCCGGUUUUUAUUUUCAAUACUGAUGCAAUUGAGUAUGAGUCAUAAAACCCGGAAAUGGUUCCAAUCGUUUUUUCACCAUUCAUUUUUCCAUCUGGGAUUUUAGCACAGGAGGUUAGUGGCACUUUAAUUGGGGAGGACGGGCUCGUGGUAAUGGCUGGUGCGGAAUAGUAUCAUGUUUUCCAUGUGUUUGAUGCCAUUCGUUCCAUUGUUUUGAUAACCGCGCAAAUCUCUCUCGGACAAGGUAACUUUAAAAAAUGUGCAAUGCUAACUAUUGAUAGUACAUUGAGGCGAAUAUAUUGAUAAAACUCACCUUGUAAAAGAGAGAAUUACACGGCUAUCAAAAAGUAAUGCUAAGGUCAGCCUAAAACAAACACACAAUUAAUUAGAUUUCACGAUGUGAAAAAUUAAUGACGGAAAAACCAUUGGAACUAUUUGCGUGUUAUUAUGGGUAUUAUGACGCAUCCACUGUGGCGGACUUUUCGUACGUGACAAACACUUGUCUGAGCCUAACCGAACCACAGCUGAUCGCAAGGAAACGUGCUUUGGUCAAAUACCUUCGGUUACAUUAGGCUAUUGUUGACAUAUUGUGCAAUGCCUGAAAAUAUUGAAAAUACAAGUGACAGAACCUCCCGGCACCACAUCCCUCCUACCUCCAAAAGGACCAACCGCAUGUACAACUGGUAAAGUAAGUGUAAAUAUAAUUUUAUUCAACAUUCUGGCUUGUAGAGACUAUUGCAUCUUUUUAGGGAAACUUCGGUCAGACUGAUAACCAUUGUAACAGUCUGUUUAGACAAAGCGAUGGGGAAUCAACCAAGGACAGGGUGUUGCCAUGAAAAGCUAUUUUCCCCACUGUUGUUCACUGAAAUAGUCUGUGCACUGCACACACAAGGUAGCUAUUUUGUCUUCAUGUGGAUACGGAACGCUUUGUGAUUGUAAUGUGAUCAUAUCGAACUAACUCUCCUAACUACAGUAAUAGACAUAUCCUAGGCUAUUUAUAUAUCCACUGUGCAGUGUCAAGUGGUGGUGAAGUGUCAGUUGCUCUGCAGGGAUUACAUUAAGGAUGCCCCAAUGUGCAUGUGAUAUUUUUUUUACAGUCAACAACCAAAAUGCUAAGAAUUCCAGUUGUCUGGCCUUUCUAGUUUCCCUGGUUCUUGUCUAUGGGUAACAUUUUUACUUUCAUUGUGCUCCUAAAUGUCUUUGUGUGCCCCUACAUUUUUCAACUUAGGCGCACACAUGCUCCUUGAAGAAAAAAAGUAAGCGUAGAGCCCUGUCCUGGGUUGCCUUAUGAAUGCCUCUGUGUCAAAGCAACCUAAUCGGAUGCAGUCAUUUUGAAUGGUUUUGACUUUCAUUUGCAUUAGGAAUUCUCUCUGAAUGACCUGCCUGUUUAUCCUUCAUUGGUAGGACUGGGCACAUCACUUCAGACACCACAGUAGACAUGGGCUGAUCUGGCAAGCAAAUAUAUUACUGUAUCAAACAACUUCAGACAUUACCUUUCUCUUAUGACUGCUGAGAUAUGGGUUAUGACCUUGCCAUGUCUGACUGGAGAAUAACUAGGCAAGUCAGUUAAGAACAAAUUCUUAUUUACAAUGACGGCCUACCCCGGCCAAACCCGGACGACGCUGGGCCAAUUGUGCGCCGCUCUAUGGGACUCCCAAUCACGGCCGGAUUGUGAUACAGCCAGGGUCUGUAGUGAUGCCUCUAGCACUGAGAUGCAGUGCCUUACAUAGCUAGAUAAUGAAUGUAAGGCCAUGGCUGAGACUAUAAAAUCACAGCCUACCUCCAUAAGAAGGAAGCACCACCUAACUGUAUCUCUGGACUCAAGAUGUUGGUGUUUUCUUUGCCAGAUAGCCCAAAAGGGCUGAACAUGUCUGAUAAUGUGUCUUCUGUGUAUGGCACUUUGGCCAGGUAGUUCAACAUAGUGAAUUGUAUGGGAAUUUUUAAGGAAUAUUUUAAAACUAUUGGCCUAGGUCUUAAAUUCAAUUGUUUUGCAUCAACAACACUUAUUUUUCUAAAAAGUGUAGGCCAAGUUGUUUACUUGGGAUCUCAAUGAUGGGAUGGCUGGCACUGCCUUUAUGUUGCUUGGACCGAUGUGAGGUAGACACGAUAAUGAUUUCCCUGUUAAUCUAAGCAGUGAAGUGUAACUGGAUCUGUGGACAGUUGGCUGUUGAGAAGCCCACUGUUAUCACGCUACCCUGGAGACGCAUGCGAUCCCAUUCCUAACACUGUCCCUUUGUUUUGUUAUUGGAGAAGUAGGCUGUACGGACUGAACUAUGGUGAUAAUAUCCCUCUUUUAAAUCAGCACACACUUUAAAGUCAAAACUAAUGUCCGAAUCGUUUUGGAAACUGUGUGUGUGUUGAUCCUUUGAUCUCUCUUGACUGGGGUACAAGUGGAUGGCCCUCCUCCUGUUGCCAUGGCCACUCUGGCCUAACAGCUGGCCUAACAUACUGUCAUGUGGUGUUUUACAUGCCGCCUCUCCUAGCAACGGGAACACAGACACAACACACACUUACAUUUUGACCUAGUGGUAACACACCAAACCAAAAAGAAGCAGUUGAAAGAUUGGAGUAGUGUCUUCAGUAAGGUAGUGCCAUUUUUUCUUGGGGGACCUCAGACUUGGGAAAGGGAGGCUAAGCUAGGUUUAACUAGCUCAUGGCCAGUGAAUGUGAAUUUAAGGUCAAACUCAAGGCUCUGGUUACAACUGCCUGACCCCCAGUACACAAGACUUAGAAAGCCCUUAUUUUUCCAUAAGAGAAACUUGUGGGUACAUUCCAGUGCAUUCAAACCACAUGUUAAACAUAUGACUGCUGUGCCCGCGUGCAGCGCUAGCCCGCCAUGCCUGGGAAUGACGAGCGGCCCACCUCCAUGUCCACCACUGGCAGCGAGGACGCCAGCAGCGACGCUGAGUCGUCGUCGGACCGCUAUGACAGCAUCAUGUCUGCCAGUGACUUGGACUGCUCCCGCCAGAGCUUCACCAGUGACUGCUCCAGCAGCAAGCACAGCUCGCCCUCCUGUGAGUAGAUGUCCUUCCUCCCUGUCUAGUAGGACGGCUUCUUGGGCUUGUCAAAAUGCCACCCUAAAAAGCUGCAUUUUGAUUUUUUACCCUUUUCCCAAAAGUGUGCACCUGCACACUUCCCGUCAUUGAUUUUAAAGGCAUUGGAUUGGUGUUAUCACUUUUGGAGUAGUAUGGAGAAUCGGAAUGCAACACUGUGUGCCUUCUCCCCACUUAGGUUGAGCUUUCAAAUGCCAAAAUGGCAAUUCUCAACACUUUUUGUUUUUUUGUAUUUGAAUGCCCCCUAUUUAUAGCCAGCCCGCCCAAAACUAUAACACUGGAUGAAGGUCAUGUCUUCUGCCCGGGACCUGUCCAACCUGACCCUGGCCCACGAGAUCAUCGUCAACCGUGACUUCCAUGUGGAGCAGCCCUACCUACCUCAGAACAGGUAGCUACCUACCACCUCAAAAUGGACACCCAGUGAACAUGGCCAUCACUUGGGCAACUCAAAUGCCAAUUGACAACUGAUGAUAUUCAAUUCUCCUUUUCAGUUUGGAGAAGCAAGUCAAAGAUAUAGUUCACAAGGCGUUCUGGGAUAGCCUGGAGUCUGAGCUGAAUAAUGACCCACCAGAGUAUGAGCACUCCAUCAAACUGCUGGAGGAGAUCAGAGAGGUGAGCUUUGGCCCUUUUUCCCUCUAUCAAACUUGAGAAAUCCAUGGUUGGAAAGGUGAUCUUUUCAGUAAGAUGACCCUGUUGGAAGAAUUUGAAAAUGUAUCCUUUCUAACUCCCUGAGCUGUAAUAACUGACCAGCAACAGUUAUGUAGUGGAAUCCAUUCUUUCACCUGUCCAAUUGUGUUAGGUCAAUGAUUACUUCAAGGAAUGUACGCAAGAAGGAUGUAUUUAAAAUGGGCUAAUAGCUUUUAAGAUUGAUAUCUUCUAGCUAUAUAUUGUUUCUUUCCUUCAUUUAAAAAAAACGAUUUACUAUGAACAGAUCCUGCUGUCGUUCCUGAGUCUGGGAGCCAAUCGGCUGCGGACUCAGAUCCUGGAGGUGCUGGACAUGGAUCUGAUUCGCCAGCAGGCGGACAAGGAAGCGGUGGACAUACAGGGCCUGGCCUCUUACAUCGUCACCAUCAUGGGAAAGCUGUGCGCCCCCGUCCGCGACGACGAGGUCAAAAAGCUCCGCGAGAACCCCGACAAUGUUGUGUCAAUGUUCAAGUACGUUUGGCUACAAAUGUUUGUUUACAACCCGUGUGGAAUAUUUAUUUGGCUAAUUGUAGCCAUCCCCUAUAUAUGGCUGGCACCCAUUUGAUCCUUUUUAGAUCUUCCAAAGCUAGAUGGUUGGGGGCUGAAGUACAGAUGUUGAGGCAUGGGUUUGAUGACGGCAAGUCACUAGGUAUUUCUUCUGGAGCAGGCCAAAUCCAAAGCAUAUGUUUUAAGAGUGUUAUUACAUUGAACAGGGAGAUCUUCCGGGUGCUGGACCUGAUGAAGAUGGACAUGGUGAACUUCACCAUCCAGAGCCUGCGGCCCGAUCUGCAGAGGCAGUCAGUGGAGUACGAGAGGGCCAAGUUCCAGAGCAUCGUGGAGAAGACUCCCAGUGAGUCUGCGUUGUUAUUAUUAACCUACUGCUCCUUUCUGAUAUGAAUGAGGUUAUAACAGGGGUUCAUAACUCUGGGAACCCUAGUGGGGGGUCCGGGGGCAACCUCCCCCAGAAGAAUGAAAAAGUGUAUGCUAGUUAUUACAAUCGUGCCAUGUGAACAUGACACCGCCGUUCCGCACAGGACUAAAAUGAAAGAUGCGCUUAGGUAAUAGCCUAGUCCAAUUUAUUUUGCCCCGGAGGCUGCUUUCAGUCUUCAACGAGGUCAGAAGGGCCGCACGGAAAAUUGGUUAUAUUUCCUCUCUGUCCAAAUUUGCUAAAAGUAGUCCUCUGUCCAUAGAUUGGGGAAUUUUUGAUUCUCCCUAACAGUCUAGGUUUCGAUGAUUAUUAACAAGCUGGACAGUCAAUAAACUGUAUGAAUAGAGGUCCAUUAUCAUUUCUACACAGUUUUGAUUUGGUUUUAGUCAUUAUAAAGUAUAUAUUGAGUUUUUCAUGCUGGUCUUCGUUUGCCUUUGGAUCAUUUCCCUGAUCCUUUACAAAUACAGUUGAGUCCUUAAAGGCCAGCAUAGUAUUCAUUCAUUGUUUGAACAGGGUGUGCUCCUGUGCAAUGUUUAGUUCCAGCUGGCCUUCUUCCAAAAAGAAGGCAAUUAGGUGCCUGUACUGCUUUAUGGUAUUAGGGGAUGUUUGAUUUGUGGUAUGUACAGCAUGUGAAGCAUGGGUGUGAUUUCUUUACGCCAUUAAAUGAAAGAUGACGAUCACUAUUAAAUGCCAUACAAAUGACUGAUGCCCUAACUUCCUCAGGUGCGUUGGACCAUACCACUGAGUGGAUCAAGUCCUCUCUGGAGGAGGUGCUUUUCUCCAUGCCAACCAUGGAGCAGCCCAACAGCCAUGGGAAGGUGGGGAAAGCCCUGCCAAGUCCCCUCCUGGUCAUCAACAGUGGAUUCAUCCGCAUCCUCACCUGGGACUACCACAAGAGCCCACUGCCUGAGGUGGGUUGGGCUGUGCGUGUCUUAGUACACAGACAGUUUCAAAAUCAUUAUUUGCUUAUUCAAGACAUACCUUGAUUGCCAUUGGAUUACUCGUCUUUUGUUAUUAAGAAAAGGUGACAUUCAGUGUGUUUGUCAAGUGACGAGGGUGUUGAUGAAUGUUCACAGGGGAAAUGGAUGUGUUUGUGUAAAGGAUGUUGACAGGUGUUAGCUUCUGUUUCUGUGUAUUAUACUUGGUCAAAUGAAGUUGUGGUGUGUAUUUGCAUAUAGACUAUUACCUACAAUGUUUGUUUGUGUCUGAAAUUUGUGUGAAUUCCAUAUGAUACAAGCGUCUGAAAGAGGUACCAUUGCGUUCAAACAACUUACAACCACAAGUCUAUUAAAUGACCAUUGUCUAAAAUCUAGUCUCCAUGGGGCGAAUCCUAACUUCCACUAAUGUCAAAUGUUCAUUUAGUCAUGCAUUGAUGUCAAUGGGAGACUAAGAAAAAAAUGGCUUAAAUUGAUCAUUCAUCCCGAUAUGUGAUGGCCAUUUGUGUGUUAAACAACCAUUGUCUAAAGUCUAGUCUCUCUGUGUGUGUGUGUUUUAACCCCCUCAGACCCUGAUGACAGACGAGGUGCGUCUGCAGGAGCUCCAGCGCAGGCUCCAGCUGCUAAAGGCUGUGGCCUCCGUGCUGCUCAUUGUCUACAGCGCCAUCGGAGGGCCCAUCUCGGGGCUGCCCGCGCUGGCCGAGCGCCUCAAAAGGAUGACCAGCGUGCUCCUGGAGGGCAUGCACAGCACGUAGGUGCUACAUAAGAUACAGAUACAUCAAUUUCAAUGUGCAAAUUGAGACUGACUACUUCCUCUCCUCUCUUCCUCCACUCUGCAGGGACUUUAACCUGUCAGAGGCUCUGGGGAACGUCAGUGCUCAGAUCUGCUGUGAGCUCAACAAGUCCCUGACUGAGAGGAACUACCCAGCCUUGCCCCCAGAACUCCAGGUCACCCUCAAGGGCCAGAUCACCAGCAUCACCCAGGAAAACAACCCUAUCCGCAGUCUUGUGGGUAAGCAACACGACACCUGAGGGCCUGACAUAGCUCACUAACUAUUUAAUUGUAUAUAUUUAAUGCAAUGUUCUUAGCCAAGCACAUUGUGUGAAAUCUUGCUACAGUUAAUUCAUUGAAUUGCUUGAUGAGCUCACAGUUGCUACGUGCUUGUUUUUCUGACCACUCUGUUUGUUCUGUGCCUCUUCUCCGUUCCUCUCCAGAGGGAAGGGUCCAGCAGUACUUCCGGGUGCUCCUCGCCACGCCCAACUCUCACGUGAACCCGCCCCCGACGCCCGGAGGCCUGGCGCUGAUCCAACCGGAGCUCACCUCCUUGGCGGUCACCUUCGUCAGCCUGGUCAACUUCAACAAGCAGGUCUACAGCCCCUUCUACAUGAUGAUCCUCAAGACCCUGCUCUUCAGUAAUGCGGCGCCUCCACCGGUGGCCACCGCUCCCCAGGACCCCAGCAUACAGAACCCUGUGAGCUCCAACUAGGACCGCCAACCUACCUACCGAGCCAGGAGCAAUACAAAGCUGGAGCUGAUGACACCUUAUUUGAAAAAGGGGCGAAGAAAGGAAAGACUUAGCAGCUAGCUAAAUCCACUCCUCCACCCCCCCCAGUGGUUGUUCUAAUUCCUUGAGACUGCAAUCGCCCCCCUAUCCCUAACCCUCCUUCCCUUAGGCUUUAGAUGAAGUAGUAUCACAGCUACGUUUUGUCUAGAAUGUCGGGGUACGUGCAUUAGAGGUGCUUCAGGAAAAUGACAACAAGCGAUUGUGGUGCACGUACAAGCUUUGACUAAUCCACCUUCCACUGUCUUGUAUUGCGACAUCCACUUUGUGACACCUGAUCUGAUCUGUUAGUGAGAUUUUGUGUAGAUUCAUACCUAAAAACUGACCCUAGUGUUUUAUGUGAGGAAUCUUUCCCAAUGUCCUUUUUAGUUAGAUUAGGGUACGUUGUGAAUCUGCGUUCGCAUGGAAGGGAGUGCUCGACAUCCGUUGUCCUGUUAUUUUGGAGAGUGUCAUCGGAAAAGGGUAGAACGUUCAUGAAAUGCUACUGUUACAAAGAACAUUUAUACACAUUUCAUAGACUUUAUGACAUAAAAGGGAAAGGCCUAUAUAUUUAUAAUCAUAUAAUUGCCCAUUUUUAUAACAUCACAUUUCAUAAGCUUUAUGCUGUGCAGAGCAGGUUAAAUAAAGUUGAUCAGUAACUGUUUGUUACACGUUGAGGUUGACAAACCCAGAACACAAAAUGCUAUAUUAUUCAUGCCAUUAGCCUAUUCAUUGAAGUGCCACCAUUUGAAUAGAAAUAUUAAAAAAAUGUUUUUAACUUAUGUCUUGUGAUAACUCGCCAUUAAACUGGUUAGAGCUCGGGAAAUGUCAUCUUGAAUGAAAACAAGAGACUUGUUUUUAUUGUUGCUUUCCAACAUGUCGAAGACGUGUUUAAAUCACUUGAGCUAAAUUAGGAGACUAAUUAAUAUAUAUAUAUAUAUAUAUAUAACGUUUUAUUUUAGGGACUGAUUAAUUGAUAUGGUUAUGGCAUCACUAAACCUGAUGGACUUUGACCUUUUGGAGAUAUAUAAUGCAUGUUUUAUUUUGUGUUAACAUUUGUUGGAAAACAUUUUGUUGUAUGUUAGCCCUUGGAUAGUAUUCAGUAAUUUUGUUGGGCUGUUUGAAUGUGUUGAUUUAAUGUAGUGUUUGUUUUGUUAUUUCGUAUCAGUGGAUUUAUAAAGUCACUUGCUUGAUAUGUUGAAGGUACCAGUAUUAGUUGUCCUUCUAUACCUAUAUUUCCCUAAAAGCUAUCCAACAGCUGGACAUUUCUGGACAUUUUAUGUAAUAUCUAUCUUUGGUUUAGAUAAGUCAAGUCAUGAGAGGUGCUGAAGAUGGUUGUUUUGAAAUGUCUAUAACUUCCCACGAUGGAACUUUUUGAUGUAGAAUAAACAUUGUAUGUUGUUAGCUUUUAAAGUUCACUUGAAUAAAUACAUUAUCUUCUCAUGUAAUGCAGCUAUAAUACAAUAAACCCUCAAAUGCGUUACCUAAUUAGUCUUGCAGUGACCUGUGUGUGUGCGGGCUUAUUGAAAAUAGUUGUCUACAUACAGACACAACAGUCAAAGACAG